AUGUCCCAACCCUAGAAUCGCUAUUUUUCCUCUCGCUCCUCCUGUGGGCGGCGCCGCCGCUGCGCACAGAACACAUCCUCGCCAGCGUAGCUUCUCCGGCGUCCGGCCAACGCGCUCACUAGCCUCCCGCCUUCCUCCACAUCUCCUCGCCUCCACCCCAUCCAGUUCGUGCCAUUCGCUGCUCCAAGACAAGGGCAUGGCGCUCGGCGGCUGCGGCAACGAAGCUGAUGGUGCACGAGCCAACCAUGGAGGCAGUAGCAUGGGGCAGCGACAACAGCAUGGAGGGCGUCCUCUUGUUUGGGAAGGUAAUGGAACUGCAAAUAGGAGUGGCAGCGGCGACCAGGAUGCAAAUGGAAGUGGUUCCCAAAGACCUUGGAAAGGACUUAAAGACAAUAACUUAUAUGAUCCUUGGAACCAUGCAUGGCCGUAUUAUGGGGGUUUUGAUUGCACGUACUGCAGCCUAAAGCACAAAGGUGGAGGUGCAACCCGUGUCGCGGAGCACCUUGGUGGUAUUGUAGGUAAUGUGAGGAGCUGUCCCAAUGUGCCAAGAAAUGUGAGAGAUGCAAUGAGAGAGUGCCGGGAUGAAUCAAGGAGGAAGAAAAGAGACAAACAAAAUAGCAGGCUGAGAAUUGAAAGAAAUAUUAUGGAAGGGUUGUAUAAAAAAGGAGGGGUGGUUAACGUACCAGAUGAUGAUGAAGAAGAAAUUCAGAUGAAUAUUAGAGAAGCAUUGCGUGACCCGAAUGUCUCUCGCAGAAUUGAAAGGAGAAUUGGCAAGGGGGGUGUGGGUGAUGUGCAUGUUUCUGUUGGUAAAAGGAGUAUCAGCGCCUAUUUUGACAGGCAAUUAUCUAGCAACAAAGUAUCUAUGCAGCCCAAGAUCAGUAGUGCUUUGGAUCCUAAUUCAAGAGAUGCACUUGGUCUAGCUUGGUCCAAGUUUUUUCAUGCCAAUGAUAUUGCUGGACGUAAAGCUGAUUGCCCAUACUUUCGAGCUGCUGUGAAGAUCACUCAACAAUUAGGGCCUAUUCCUAUACCAACCGCGAAGGAGAUUGAUGGGCCAUAUUUGGAGGCCAACUAUGAUGAAGCUAAUUCGUUUCUUCAAAAAUUCAAACAAGACUGGAAGAACUUUGGUGUGACUCUUAUGUGCGAUUCUUGGACUGGUCCUACAGGAAUGAGCAUCAUAAACUUCAUGGUGUAUUGUAAUGCACGAAUGUUCUUCCUCAAUACCAUUGAUGCAUCCGGACAAACUCAGAAUUCAGACUUUAUCUAUAGAGAGAUUGAAAAGGUUGUCGAAGAGAUAGGGCAUGAGCAUAUAGUUCAAAUAGUAACCGAUAAUGGAUCCAAUUAUAAGAAAGCUUGCAAAACCCUUAUAGAAGAACCAAAAUACUCUCAUAUUGUUUGGCAACCGUGUGCGGCCCAUACCGUCAAUCUUAUGCUAAAAGAUAUAGCAAAAUUUCCUGAGGUUGAUGUGAUAGUCAAGAGUGCCAAGACAAUCUGUAGGUUCAUGCAUAAGCACAAUAACCUCCAUGAUAACAUGAAGAAGAACAUAGGUGGUGAACUAAUUAGACCAAAUGCCACCCGUUUUGGGACUGUCUUCAUGUUCCUUGAGAGUUACCAUUCAAAGAAAGAUAAAUUUAGGGAGUGGAUGGUUUCAAAGGAUUGGAAGGAGUGUCAGUGGAGGUAUGAGCCUGGGUAUGUGUUUGCUGAAGAGUGUUUGUCUAGUAAUGUUUGGUGGAACGCACUAGAGUGGGUAUUGAGUUCAUUGAGGCCACUUUAUACGGCCAUGAGGUAUGCUGAUACACAAAAACAAUGCACACUUUCUGGCUUAUUAGGAAGAAGACCAAGAACGUCAACAGCCUCUACUCGUAAAUUUGAUAAGUCUCUUCUUUUUGGUGUUUCUGAUUCAGAAAUGGCACGUGAGCAAAGGAUAUCAAGAAGCUUUUGGAUGUUGGGAAGCUUGGAGCUGAUGCUUCAAAUAAGCUGAUGGUUGUCUUUUGGAGAUGUUUCUAUGUUUAAUGCUUUAAAGUCUUUUGGCUGUACUGGACUAUUUAAACUUUGAACUAUGCUGUGAUGGUUGAACUGAUGCUGGACGGUUAAGGGUUUAUGUCAGAGGCAACUUUAUAACUAAUGUGUGCCUGUUAUGUUGGACUGUUAAGGGUUAUGUUGGAGGCAAUUUUAUAACUAAUGUGUGUCUGCUAUGUUGGAUUGUUAACUGUUAUGUUGGAGGCAACAUUAUAGCUAACGUGUGCCUGUUAUGUUGGGCAGAUUCAAUUUUCUUAA